CGCAGGGAGCCAGAGGCGCGCCCCAGGCAGGCUGGCCCGAGGAGCGCGUGUCGGAGGCGAAGGGGCGAGGCGCUGCUCCGAGCCGGCGAUGGGAGCAGAGAGGAAGGCACGUGACGGGGUGAAGAAGCGGCGGGUGGUGUGUCCCCCGGCGCUGCCGGACCCCUCCGUGAGCCCGUGUGUGUGUGUGUCCUGCUUCCCCGCGCUGGCCCCUUUCCCAGCAUGAAUUCGGUUCCCCGGGCAGCGGGAGAGCGGGGGCAGGGCGUCUCCUCGCGCUUGCUUCCAAAUCCUCCUCAUGCCUGCCGAAAAGAUCGCGUCUGGGUCCGUAAUGGGAGCUCCGGAGGCGUUGCCUUUUUCCCUCUGAUUUCUGGCAGCAGGAAACACCAAGGCACAGCCCGACUGUUUUUGUGAAAAGAUUCAAGUAGCAAUCGCAAGGAGUAACACCACUUAGCGCACUUUCGUUAGUACAGUGCUCAGGUGCCAAAAUGUUAACAAGAGCUUCCUCAAAAGUUUUCACAUUCUUUAAGUGCAGUCCCUGUCAUGAACUGAUGGGAGUUAGUGGACGGCUGUGACAUCGUUAAGAAGGCCUAAGAAGCCAAUCGCAACAUGCCUUUGGACAUUCCAUUGAUCAAAGCCUGACUUUAAUAAAAUGUGAUGGAGGAAAAGAAAAAGGCAGUAUCAAUUAAAAGUUAGCAAUAUGACAGGUCCGCUAGUCAUGAAACGGAUUCUGCUGGUGGUUUUAUUGGCUGCUGCUGCUAUGUAUGUUAUACUUCACUGCAGUCUGUGGAAGACAGAUGUCUAUUUGCAUCCAGACACCUAUCUCUCACUUAAACUCCAGCAUGAUCUACAAACAAGGGGAAGACAGGGGGAGGAGCACAUAUCUAGCUGGCCAGACUUGAACCGACUGCCGCCUACAGCUACACAAAGAAAAUCUGGACUAGAAAAUUGUUCAUCGGCGCCACCAUUUGAGUCUUUAUGGAUUGGUCAGAAAAUAUAUCCAUUCCUAUGUGUUAAUGACUUCAUGCAACUAGCACUGUCUAAUGGAAAUGAUAAGAUUGAAUUACCUUAUGGAAUAAAGAGAGCAGAGAGUUAUUUUCGCCUCGCCCUUUCAAGACUGCAUAACUGCGGACUAUUCAAUGAAGAUAAUGGUGUGAUCUGUAGAAGGUGUGUUGUUGUUGGUAAUGGAGGAGUACUUCGAAACAAGACGCUAGGGGAGAAAAUUGACUCGUAUGAUGUGGUAAUAAGAAUGAAUAAUGGUCCCGUCAGAGGGUAUGAAGAGGAUGUUGGGAGGAGGACAACUUUCCGACUUUUUUAUCCAGAGUCUAUUUUUUCAGAUCCAAUUCACUAUGAUCCUGAUACUAUUGUAGUUCUUCUCGUCUUCAAACCACAUGACUUAAAGUGGCUCUGGAACAUAUUGAAUGGUCAUAAAAUAAACACUAAUGGUUUCUGGAAGAAACCGGCCUUGAAAAUGAUCUAUAAAGUUAACCAAAUCAGGAUACUCAAUCCUAUCAUUAUCAGAAAAACAGCACAUGAAUGGCUUCAGUUCCCAAAAAAGUUUUCCAGAAAAGAAAAACCCCAACAUCCUACAACAGGGCUAAUUGCCAUCACGCUGGCAUUUCACAUAUGCAAUGAAGUUCACCUGGCAGGCUUUAAGUACAACUUCACUGACCGAAACAGUUCUUUGCACUAUUAUGGCAAUGAAACCAUGUCUGAGAUGAUUGAGAAUGGAUACCACAACAUCAUUGCUGAGCAAAAGUUUUUGAAGUCGCUUAUAGAUAAGCAGUUUGUGGUCAGCUUGACGUGAGACUGAAUAGACAGUGGAAGAAUGAUCACUAUUUUCAACAAGAUAGAUUUUAUUUUUUGUACUGUAUUUUUAUUUUUUAAAUGCCAUAUCUGUUAAAGAAAUAUUUAAAAGAAGCACAGAUGCCUCAUAAAGGUGGUGGUAGCGGAGUUCCACUGUCUAAGACUGAUGAUGAUUAUCGCCAUCUCCUGGCACACAACUAGAGUGAACUGAUUUCUGUGAAUCUAUGUAAUUAUGAAAAAAUACAACCUUCAGCUAAAAAAUAUCAGGGAUAUAUAAAAAUAUGAUGCACACCAUUUAUUUAACAAUAAGAAAUUUUUUCAGCAACUGAUUUCUUUUCCGUAUCUUCCUUUCCUGUUGCCCAGAGACUUGGAAGGCUAUGAGAUAAUUGAUUAAGGGAUACAAAGUGUUUCACCUCUCUGUUCUGGUUUGAAAACAAUUUGGGAGAAGUGUAUCUGCAAAUCAUUACUAUCUGAAGGGGGUCUAGUAGCUGUACAGUAUAUAAAGUGCGUUUUAAUCUCAGUCCACCUGGGCAGAUGUCCAUAUCAUAGAAAAUCAUCUUCAUAAUUCACGCAGGCUGGUGUUUUCUUGUUGUCUGUCUCAACAAACCGGCCCCAGACUAACCUGCCCAUGGACUCCUGGAUGUAGCGUGUGUACACCUGGGUUGGAGACCCACUGGUAUAACAGUGUGGGGAAGUCUGGAUUGAUGCUGCUCGUGCUGUAUCUAAUUUAUGGAUACAUUUGUUCUCA